UUGUUCUUUUCGUCGGAGCAAAUGGAAUCGUUCGGCGACUUGGACAUUUAACUACGCAUUAUGUCGCAGAAGACGAAUAUAAAAAGUGAAAUGUUAUUUUCACUCCAUACCUUGAUACCGUGAUUGUGUUCGUUUUCGUAUAAGCUUCGUGCAGUUUAGCUUCACUUCUCAUCAUCGGUUAUCAAUUUCUAACCUGGUUUUGAAAGCUACUUUGUAAAGUCGCAACGACCACUUUCCCGAAGUGUUAGUAGUGCGGAAAUGCCGUUUGUGUAGUUUAUUCAUUUUUGCGGAUGGUGUCGGAGCUGAAGUCAAGCUGGUUGUGAAGGUGUUCGACCUGCUCCCCUCGCCCCCAGACGGAGUCACCAUGGCUGCGGGCGUAGCGGCCUGGCUCCCCUUCGCCCGGGCAGCGGCUAUCGGCUGGAUGCCCGUGGCCAAUCUGCCUAUGCCCAUCGCACCAACCGACAAGAACAAGCGUCAGGACGAGCUCAUUGUGCUCAACGUCAGCGGGCGGCGCUUCCAGACGUGGCGGAACACGCUGGACCGUUAUCCUGACACGCUCCUCGGCAGCUCAGAGAAAGAGUUCUUCUACAAUGAGGAGACCCGUGAGUACUUCUUCGACCGUGACCCAGACGUAUUCCGGAGCAUCCUUAACUUCUACCGUACGGGCAAGCUGCACUACCCACGCUAUGAGUGCAUCUCGGCAUACGAUGAGGAGCUGGCCUUCUUUGGGAUCAUCCCGGAGAUCAUCAGCGACUGCUGCUACGAAGAGUACAAGGACCGCAAGAGGGAGAAUGCCGAGCGACUGAUGGACGACCUGGAGGACUCCAAGGACAGCAAGCUGCCCAACAUGACCUUCCGCGAGACCAUGUGGCGUGCCUUUGAGAAUCCUCACACGAGCACCAUGGCACUGGUGUUCUACUACGUCACGGGCUUCUUCAUUGCCGUGUCCGUCAUCACCAACGUGGUGGAGACGGUGCCGUGCGGCUCCACCCCUAACCAGCGGGAUGUGCCGUGCGGCGAGCGCUACACAGUGGCAUUCUUCUGCAUGGACACGGCAUGCGUGAUGAUCUUCACCGUGGAGUACCUGAUGCGGCUGUUCGCCGCACCCAGCCGCUACCGCUUCAUGCGCUCGGUGAUGAGCAUCAUCGACGUGGUGGCUAUCCUGCCAUACUACAUCGGCCUGGUCAUGACGGACAAUGAGGACGUGAGCGGCGCCUUCGUCACGCUGCGCGUCUUCCGCGUCUUCCGCAUCUUCAAGUUCUCGCGCCACUCGCAGGGCCUGCGCAUCCUGGGCUACACGCUGAAGAGCUGCGCCUCAGAGCUGGGCUUCCUCCUCUUCUCCCUCACCAUGGCCAUCAUCAUCUUCGCCACCGUCAUGUUCUACGCAGAGAAAGGCUCCAGCUCCAGCAAGUUUACCAGCAUCCCAGCCUCCUUCUGGUACACCAUCGUCACCAUGACAACGCUGGGGUAUGGAGACAUGGUCCCUAAGACAAUAGCAGGGAAGAUCUUUGGCUCGAUCUGUUCUCUAAGUGGCGUGCUGGUGAUUGCGUUGCCUGUUCCAGUCAUCGUCUCCAACUUCAGCCGCAUUUACCACCAGAACCAAAGAGCAGACAAGCGCCGUGCACAGAAGGUGCAGAAAGCGCGACUGGCCAGAAUGAGGAUCUCUAAGACGGGCAGCUCAAACGCCUUUCUACACAGCAAACGCAACGGCAUGCUCAACCAAGCCCUGGAGCUAACGCAACUACCUUUCAGGAUGAAACUUUCAGAUGAGGGCUCCACAGGUGAAGAUCGACAUCUGAAUAAGACAACAUCACUAAUAGAGAGCCAACACCACCACCUACUGCACUGCCUGGAGAAAACCACGAAUCAUGAGUUUGUGGAUGAGCAGCUGUUUGAGCAGAGUUAUCUGGAGAGCGCUCUGCAGAGUUUGCCUUCACGGAGCCCCUCCCUGUCCAGCCAGGAGGGCAUCACGGGCACCUGCUGUUCCCGACGAGCCAAGAGGGGCAGCCGGCCCUCUAGCGAAGCACACAAACCCUCUCACAUGCACCCACACACACACAAUCUCCAGGAGCUCAGUGCCAUACAUAUCCAGUGUGGAGAGCAGCGGACUCUCAACACCAGUAGGUCCAGCCUUAAUAUGAGGCCAGAUGAAUCAGGAGGUCUGAACUGUAAGAGCAGCAGUCAGGUUACCACGGCAAUCAUCAGCAUUCCCACCCCACCCACCAACAACUCCCCCACCAGCCCCGAAGCCCCACCCAACCUUGCCUCCAACUCCAGCGCUGGUGUGGUAAAGGUCUCCGCGCUGUGACAGACAUUGCCAGAGAGCCCACCGAAUGGCAGGAAAGAGGGACAGGGAGGAGCACUCAGGAAGCGAAAACUGUGGAGUAGCCUUCCCCCUAGUGGGAGAAGGACAGCACAGACUCAGACUCCUGAACAAUGAAAAUCAAGGAGAGAGGGCUGGUAUCAGAGAAUGAUGGAAGGAGGUGUGUGUGUGUCUGUGUGUGUGUGAGAGAGAGAGAAAGAAAGAGAGAGAGAGAGAGAGAGGGAUAAAGAGCGAGAGAGGUAUUAUGAUAGCAGAAGAGCCAUAAGAACUUCAUCAAUCUGUUGUGAGGUUGAUUAGACGAGGAUGUCAAGAGUCACUCUGCAUCAAGCACUUUUUGUUUUCUUUAGUCUCUGUUGUCCUCUACUGUGUCGCAUUCUUCCUUUUUAAUCCAAUAUAGGGUGUCUGAUAUUCACCACAGUACAUAUAUUAGUUUAUUAUUUGGCAGGAAUAUUCAAGGUUUGUUUUUCAAUUAAGAUGGAAGCUAAUUAAGACUUCAGAAGCAUAGUAUAAUUUCUUUCCAUUUGU